CCAGGCACAACCAUGCUGAGGACGGCAGUGCUGCUCCCGCUGCUGCUCGGUCUCAUCGGCUUCGGAAAAGGGCAGACGUUUCACAUGGGACCAUGUCCAGACCCACCAGUCCAAGAAAACUUCGAUAUCACCAAGUACGUCGGAAAAUGGUAUGAGAUAGAAAAGCUGCCAUCAAAUUUUGAGAAAGGAAGAUGCAUCCAGGCAAACUAUAUGCAGGAUGAGAAUGGGAAGCUUAAAGUGAUCAACAAGGAGCUGCAGUCUAAUGGCAAAUUUAAAGAAAUCGAAGGAGAAGUCACAUACAUGGAGGUAAAGGAGCCAGCCAAGAUGGGCAUCAGCUUCAACUGGUUCACACCUUCUGCCCCAUACUGGGUCAUCUCCACUGACUACGAGAACUACUCGCUGGUUUACUCCUGCACUAACAUUAUCUGGCUCUUCCACAUCAACUACGCCUGGAUUAUGUCAAGAGCUCCUGAGAUGCACCCAGAAACCGUGACCAACCUGAAGAGUCUUCUCCAGUCCUACAAGAUCGACACCGACAAAAUGAUGCCCACGGACCAGCUUAACUGCCCUCCUGAGAUGUAACUGCGACAGCCCCACACCAGCUACAAACUUUCCCUCUUUCCUUAGGCUCCUCUAGGAC